AUGUGGAGGACAAACAUGAGUUUACCGGCUGCUGCGGAGGAAGAACGUAUAUACUUCCCCCUACAUUCUAGGGGUGGCUCUGACUUUUCCGAUAGGGAGGGUUCUGAGUGCUAGGUAUAGUGUUCCCUCCCUCCUGCCCUCGAUAUCGAUUACCCUGUCAGGUAGCGUCCCUGGAGCAACAUCUCCCAGAAAAAAUAGACCAUCCGGUGUGCAUCCUUCUACAGAUUUCAACCUACCGUCGCAUAACUCUAUGCCAAUGCCCUCAGACACUGAAGCAGACGCCUGCGAUAUACAUCGUGCUCAACGAAUCGAGAUAACCUUCUUUCCUAUCACUUCUCACCGGAGACUCAACGUGCCGUUAGGACAAUUCUGGGUGGGGAAUAUGAGUUGAUAGUCAAUUAGGCACAGGAAGGUAAUCAGCGGAUGCGAAAGUAUUUUGUUGCUACGGAUUUGAGUAGGGAGGCCCAGCAUGCCCUGGGUUGGGCAAUCGGGAUGGUUCUCAGAGACGCCGAUGCUCUGAUGGGCACAUAUGCCUUCAGUAAGGAUACGGUAGAAGAUGGCGGCAAGAUUGUUCCGAUGACAGGAUAG